CGGUGCGAGUCCUUCCGAUACUUUCAGCGCGGUGGUGUUCGGGGCGGGCGAUCCUGGAGGGAGAAGUGGAAGUGAGGCAAGUUCCCUAGUGCCCGGGGAGACCAGGACCAAGGGGAGAUACGGAGAAUGUCUUCUGUUCUUUAGAAACUACCCGCGGUCGGCCCGGGUAUUGUGGGAAGAGGAAUUUUUGGCAGGGGUAAGGGCUUUUUGAUCUUUUGUGUGAUCCUGCAGGUUUUGGUAUGAACAGGAUUCGGAUCCACGUCUUGCCGACCAACCGGGGGAGAAUCACCCCAGUGCCCAGGUCUCAGGAGCCCCUCUCUUGUUCAUUCACUCAUCGCCCAUGCUCGCAACCUCGUCUGGAGGGGCAGGAGUUUUGCAUUAAGCACAUCCUUGAAGACAAGAAUGCACCCUUCAAGCAAUGUAGUUAUAUAUCGACGAAGAAUGGAAAAAGAUGUCCCAGUGCUGCCCCAAAGCCUGAGAAGAAAGAUGGGGUGUCCUUCUGUGCUGAACAUGCCCGUAGGAAUGCCCUGGCACUUCAUGCUCAAAUGAAGAAGACCACUCCAGGGCCUAUGGGUGAAACACUCUUGUGCCAGCUGAGCUCAUAUGCUAAGACAGAGCUGGGGUCUCAGACUUCAGAAAGUAGUCGCAGUGAAGGCAGCCGAAUUCUGGAUGAAGACAGCUGGAGUGAUGGGGAGCAGGAACCCAUUACUGUGGAUCAGACAUGGAGAGGUGACCCUGACAGUGAAGCUGAUAGCAUAGACAGUGAUCAAGAAGAUCCCUUAAAACAUGCUGGUGUCUACACAGCUGAAGAAGUGGCCCUGAUUAUGCGUGAGAAACUAAUUCGUUUACAAUCUUUAUACAUUGAUCAGUUUAAACGACUUCAGCAUCUGCUCAAAGAGAAGAAACGACGUUACUUACAUAAUCGCAAAGUGGAACAUGAAGCUCUAGGUAGUAGUCUCCUGACUGGCCCAGAGGGACUUUUGGCCAAAGAACGAGAGAACUUAAAGCGUCUAAAAUGUCUUCGGAGGUAUCGUCAGCGCUAUGGAGUAGAAGCCUUACUACAUAGGCAGCUGAAGGAACGCAGAAUGCUCGCCACAGAUGGUGCUGCCCAACAGGCCCAUACAACUCGUUCCAGUCAGAGGUGUUUGGCUUUCGUGGAUGAUGUUCGUUGUUCUAAUCAGUCUCUUCCAAUGACCAGACACUGCCUUACCCAUAUCUGUCAGGACACGAAUCAGGUUCUCUUCAAAUGCUGCCAGGGGUCUGAAGAGGUACCCUGCAACAAACCAGUUUCUGUAAGCCUCUCUGAGGAACCCUGCUGCCCACUGCAUUUCCAGUUGCCUCCUCAGAUGUAUAAGCCCGAGCAGGUACUGUCUGUGCCAGAUGAUCUGCAAGCCGGCCCCAUGGAUCUGUACUUGAGUGCUGCUGAACUUCAGCCCACUGAGAGUUUACCUCUGGAGUUCAGUGAUGACUUGGAUGUUGUGGGUGAUGGUAUGCAGUGUCCUCCUUCACCCUUGCUUUUUGAUCCUUCACGAACCCUUGAAGAUCAUUCAGUCAAAGACACUGCUGAAGGCCCAGUGGAAACUUUGGGCCGGAUGCAGAUGGCCGGAGAUGGGUGCAGAUCCCAGGGAUCUCGAAAUUCAGAGAAAGCCUCUGCACCAUUGCCUCAGAGUGCAGUGGCUACUGCAAAUGGGAAGCCAGAACACACUUCUGUCAGUUGAUAGUUUGUUUUGGGAACCAUUUGAAUUUCCCAUACUUUAAACAAGUAUUUCUGACCAUUUCUCUCUAAAGGACAACCCAACUACUUUAUUUUUCUUCUGGGUUAUUGAGUGCUAUAGUCAAAUGUACACCAAAUUUUGGGGGAAGGGACUAAUAGUGUCUAAAAGUUAUGAGUGUCUUCCCACUCUGGGCAAGGAAGAAAAAGAUAGGUGAAUCCUGUCCUAGCAGCUGGGAUUCAGCGAAUAUUUGGGACUCUGUGCCUAUAAAUAGAGAAAUCUUUGUAAGGGGAGUUCCCAAGCCUUGGGAACAAAUCCAUAUAGGUGUUUAGAUGGGAGCUGUGUACCCCUGGGAUAUUGAUGGACCCAGUGUCUGGUUAUUGCUAUCUAACAGUUUGUGUUUUAGCCUUUCUCACUUCUCACCUAAUUGGGUAAUCUGAACUCCCUUCCCCCCAGUAAACUCUGACCUACAGCCUCAGAAAAUAGCCCACAGGACUGGGUCUUCCUUAACCAUCCUCUUGCUUCUAACCUAUGUAAAUUUCUGUAGUGACUAUCUUAUGUAAGAUACCAUAAAAAGUUAUUGUAUAUAGUUUCUAUUAAAUGUUAAAAUGGUAUGAAAAUAUAAAACAAUCACUUGACUGCAUGUUUUGUUUGUAUUUGAGAGUAUAUAUACAUUUGGGGGUGGUCCUUAGGGAUGUGUUUCUGAUGGGAAAGGGA